GGCUCACAAACCCCCCCAUCCUGCUCUGCAGAUGAUCUCCAUGGUGAUGGUGGCCGUGGGGGUCUACGCCCGGCUGCUGAAACACGCAGAGGCAGCCAUGGCCUGCCUGGCAGUGGACCCCGCCAUCCUCCUCAUCGUGGUCGGCGUCCUCACCUUCCUCAUCACCUUCUGCGGCUGCGUCGGCUCCUUGCGGGAGAACAUCUGCCUGCUGCAGACGUUCUCCGCCUGCCUGACCGUCGUGUUCCUCCUGCAGCUGGCGGCCGGCGUGCUGGGCUUCGUCUUCUCCGACAGGGCGCGAGGGAAGGUCAGCGAGAUCAUCAACGGGGCCAUCGUGCACUACCGGGACGACCUGGACCUGCAGAACCUCAUCGACUUCGGGCAGAAGGAGUUCAGCUGCUGCGGGGGCGUGUCCUACAAGGACUGGUCCCAGAACAUGUACUUCAACUGCACCGCCACCAACCCCAGCCGGGAGCGCUGCUCCGUCCCCUUCUCCUGCUGCCUGCACGACGCCAACCAGACCGUCAUCAACACCAUGUGUGGCCACGGGAUGCAGGACAAGGGCUACCUGGAGGCCAGUGCCUUCAUCUACACCAACGGCUGCAUCGACAAGCUGGUCAACUGGAUCCACAGCAACCUGUUCCUGCUGGGGGGCAUCACCCUGGGGCUGGCCCUCCCCCAGCUGGUGGGCAUCAUCCUGGCUCAGCUCCUCAUCAACCAGAUCCGAGACCAGAUCAAGCUGCAGCUCUACAACCAGCAGCACCGGGCAGACCCCUGGUACUGAGCCGGCGUCCGUCCGUCCCACGGCACAGCGGCGGCUCCCGGCACCUCAACAGCCGUUUUCCCAACCCUGGAUCCAUGGGAAGAGCUGAGGGGGCUUUGCUGGAGAAGAGGGAGGUAGGAGCAGGCUGUGGAUCCGUGGUGGCCGCUGUGCUGCGGAGAGGGACGCGCAGGGACACUGGAGACUCGGUGCCUUUGGCAGCCGGUGCCGGGCUCGGCCGGGACGUGCCGAGCUGCUGUGCCCUGUUUUGGGGCCUGACCCAGCCCCAGAACCACUGUCUGUCUGUCUGUCCUGCUGGGGCACAGGUCGUGCACAAAGGUUUGCACUGGGAUGUGCUUCCCAUCUCUGCGUGUGCUGGAGAUGG